AUGAUAACGGACUCGUAUCUCAUUGUCGGUGGCAGCGGCCUCCUCGGCCAGCAUAUAGUCGAGCAACUCCUUGACCGAGGAGAAGAGAACGUUGCCAUUCUGGACGUUUCUCAACCGCCAUCACCGAACCCCGUUGUGCCAGUCUAUGUGGGGGACAUCACAAAUGUUGGUGAUAUCGUUAGCGCCAUAGAAAAGUCUCACGCCACAUGCGUCAUCCACACGGCAUCAUCCCUGCCCGGGAAACCCCGUCAUUUCCAAGAGCAAGUCAACAUCAUCGGAACAAGGAACAUUGUGCAGGCAGCUAUCAGCAAAGGUAUCACGAAGCUCGUGUACACAAGCACCGCAAGCGUCGUGUUUGCUGGGAAGGAUCAACACAACGUCAACGAGACAGCACCAUACGCGAAUCCUCAUGUUGACGACUAUAACGAAACAAAGGCAGAGGCUGAAAAAGUCGUAUUGGAAGCGAGUGGAAAGGGAGGGCUGUAUACAACGUCUCUCCGCCCGGCUGGUUUGUUCGGUCCGAAGGAUCGUCUCACAAUUCCUUCCAUGAUGGGCGUUGCUCAGUCUGGUCGCGCACACUUACAGCUUGGCGACAACGAAAAUCUUUUCGACUGGACGUACAUUGGCAACGCCGCUAAGGCUCACCUCCUGGCUGCAGAUCGACUAAGCCCCAACCAUCCCAAAUUCCGACUUGUGGCUGGUCAGGCAUUCUUCAUUACCAACGGCGAUCCAAGGCCCUGGUGGGAUUUCCCUCGUCUGCUAUGGAAGACAGGAGGCUACAAAAUUCCUGAAAAGACUACCGUUAUUCCUAAGUAUGCGGCUUACGCCAUCGCUACACUCAUGGAGUUUUUUUGCUGGGCGCUCAGGAGGAAGCCCUCGCUGACGAGAAUGACAGUGAUCUACUGCUGUACUUCGAGGUGGUGUGACAUAUCAAAGGCGCGCCACGCUCUAGAUUACAACCCAGACGUCAGUAUCGAAGAGGGUGCCAAGAUUUCCGUCGAGUGGUGGAAGCGAGAGCAUCAAUCUCCCUCGACGGGCGGCAUUUCCUGA